AUGGAUGCGAACUACGAGAAGGUCGUGGAGUGCGGCAGCGGCGACGGCGCGGGGUGCCGGGGACCGGUGCGAACGAUCUGCGUCUUCUGCGGCAGCCGGCGCGGGAACCGGCCGUCCUUCAGCGCUGCCGCUCUCGACCUCGGAAAGCAGCUGGUCGAGAGGAAGCUCGAUCUGGUCUACGGCGGCGGCAGCGGCGGUCUGAUGGGCCUCGUCUCCAAGACCGUUCACGACGGCGGCCGCCACGUCCUCGGGGUCAUCCCUAGUGCCCUCCUUCCUGAAGAGGUGUCAGGGGAGACGUUGGGAGAGGUGAAAGUGGUCAGGGACAUGCAUGAGCGCAAGUCAGAAAUGGCGAAACACGCCGACGCUUUCAUCGCCCUGCCAGGUGGUUACGGGACAAUCGAAGAACUGUUGGAGAUCAUAGCGUGGGCGCAGCUGGGGAUCCACAACAAACCGGUGGGUCUGCUUAAUGUGGACGGAUACUACAACAGCUUACUCUCGCUGUUCGACAAGGCCGUUGAGGAGGGGUUCAUCGACGCCGCGGCGCGGAACAUCUUCGUCCUCGCCGGCGCCGCCGGCGAGCUGCUGGACAAGCUGACGGAGGCGGCGGCGGCGGCGGCUGAGGGCGGCGGCGGGGAUCAGCUGGACGGCGUGGCCGCGGCCACCGCGGCUGGCUUGAAGAGGAAAAGAAGCUAGCUAUAUAUAUAUGUGCGAGCGUUGGGCGUCGUUCGUGUGUGUGUCUGGUUAAUUUCCUGUCGAUGCUUUCGUUAUUUUUAGUGGAUUAAAUUAAAGUGUGGUUUCGUUUCAAAUUCUAUGUCCUAAAUAUCGGACCUGGAACCAGGCAUUUCAUUUCGUUUUCCAACUUCUUGCCGAGAAAUAAGCAUGCCGUCGUGCUUAAAUGAUGUAUAUAUAUAACACGACGCAAAUCAAGCUUCGAUACAUAUGUAUGCUCGGUAUAAGCCCUCGAUCGUAA